AUGAAAACUAGCGCAAAGCAAAGCCCCGACGAUGUCGUGAUUACGCUCGCGAUCAGGACGCCCAUGUGCAAGGCCAAGAAAGGCGGGUUCAAGGACACGACGCUCGACGGCCUGGUCUUCAAGAUUCUCGAGCAGGUCCGACUCCGCAGCAAGGUCGACCCGCGUCUUGUCGACGAUGUCUGUCUUGGGAAUGUCCGCGACGGCAGAGCUGCGUAUUAUGUCCGGGCCGCUUCUCUGGCGGCAGGCUUCCCCAACACAUCCGCGGCGUCGAGUGUGGCGCGCUUUUGCUCCUCGGGUCUGACGGCGACGCAAUUCAUCGCCAAUGAGAUCAUCACCGGCACCAUUGAGGUUGGCGUCGCGGUCGGCGCCGAGACCCUGAGCGAAGGCUGGGAGCGCCUCAGUCGGCCCUUCAUAGACGAGAUUCUGAACGGCAGCGAUGAUGCAAAGGACUGCAUGCUCCCGAUGGGCGCAACAUCCGAGAAUGUGGCCAGAGAGUUCAACGUCAGUCGGCAGCGGCAGGACGAGUACGCCGUCGAGUCGUACCGGCGCGCCGAGCUGGCGCAGAAGAACGGCUGGUUCGAGGACGAGAUUGUGCCCAUCACCGUCAAGAAGGACGGCAAGGACAUCACGGUCAGCCGCGACGAGAUACGAUGGGGCACCACGUACGACGGAAUCAAGACCCUCAAGCCGGCCUUCCCAGAGUAUGGGGACACCACCCAUGCCGGCAAUGCUAGUCAAGUUACCGACGGAGCCGGCGCUUUGCUUCUGAUGAAGCGCUCAAAAGCCCUAGAGCUGAACCAGCCUAUCCUUGCAAAGUACGUAGGCACAGCCCUUGCAGGGCUCCCGCCACGCAUCAUGGGUAUUGGGCCCGUCUUCGCCAUUCCCAAACUGCUCGCCCGGUAUAACCUGUCCCUGGAAAAGGAUAUCGACGUGGUGGAAAUCAACGAAGCGUUCGCUUCCAUGGCCGUCUACUGUCGAGAUUAUCUCAACCUCGAUUGGACGAAGAUGAAUCCCAGAGGUGGCGCUAUUGCACUCGGCCGUAAGUACUCCCAUUAUGAACCUAUCCCUUCGGGUGCACAGGAGUUCGACAGAUAG